UUGUACCAAUUGUACUAUGGUUAAACGUGGCGACCCUGUUUUUGACGCGAGUUUUGCCAACUUCAUUUUACAAUUGUUUGCUCCGUUUAUAAAUGUUGAUUUAACUUUUCGCGACAACGCUUUUCGUUUAUUGCAAAAACCGUUCCCUCCGUAUUGUUCACAUCGUUUACAAAUUAAGCAUUUCAAUUAUAACCAGAGGUUGAGUUAUUUCCUCAAGUUUCCCCACACAAAAGCUGUGCCCGAAGACCUGCCUAGGUUUCCUUCUCUCCGUUCUCCCGUUUUUGUUUCGGUGAAUUUGUUGACAUUGUUGCGCAUUGCAAUUCUCUCGAUAUUCCAUUGAAAAGAGCACAAGUUACGAAUAUCGCGAUAACGUGCAAAGUUAUUACGAAGCGACGAGAAUUAGAAAAUGAGUUACAACACACGUCUCACAGAAGAAUGCCCGCUGACGAAGGAGAGGAGCUACAAAUACAGACUCUGCGCCUACUGCGGCAACGGACUGAAAUUCAUCGUCGUCUGUUUCGCCGCGUUGACCUUCGCCAUCACCACCAUGCUGGUGUUACAAAUCCUUUAUACCGAGAGUAUACCGCAGGGCAGCCUUCAUGGCGCUCACGGAGCAGUUGCCACAGAUUACUCCAAUUGUUCCCAGAUUGGCACCAAGAUACUAGCGAGAUUAGGCAAUGCGGUCGACGCCGCGGUAGCAGCGACGAUCUGCAUGGCUGUGGUAGCGCCUCAUAAAACUGGCCUUGGCGGAGGCGGCCAUAUAAUGAUAUAUAAUUACAAGAAUUACACCCAUCCGAUCGUUAUUGAUUUUGCAAGCAAUACAAGCACAGGUUUCUUUGCCGAGGCUGGAAUACGUUUACCAGCUCUGUUGAAGGGAUUGGAGUUUGCUCAAAGAUCGUAUGGCAAUUUGCCGUGGCGCGACGUUGUUGAACCCGUCGCCGAGUUGGCUCGGCAAGGAUUUGUUGUAUCUAAGGAUCUUGCGGACGAAGUGGCGAGGAAUACGGAUUACGAGAUGUUUUACGCUGGCCCUUUGAAUCCAGGCGAUAGAUUACAAUUGCAUGAGCUUACAAAGACGUUGGACAUCGUAGCACAUUAUGGUGCAACAGCGUUAUACAACGGCACCUUGUCCCAGGAAAUUAUACAAAAUACCACUCUCCGUGAGAGAUUGCUGCAACAGUUGGCGAGUUACGAACCGGCUGUAAUGACGGCAAAGAGCUCGACAUUGCAUCGUUAUACGAUUUAUUAUUCCUCGCAGGCGUCUUUUAUGCAACAAGUAAUCGAAGCACUGGAGAACCUCCCGAUCUCGGCGGGAAAUGCAUCCACUAUAGAAUCUCAAGCUCUUGUUGCUCAAACAUUGAUGCACGUAUCUUUACAAUUCUCUCAAAACGUGCAAUACGACGUGAAAAGAGAAACGUACACUGGAGUGAUGGCAAUGGACUGGCAAGACACCUACGUUAGCAUCCUAUCUGGUCUGAGUUCGCCUUUCGGCCGUGGGAACAGAAUGGCCGGAUUUUUCCUAGACAAUACCGAUGAUUUGUCCACGUUCACCCCCAUUAUUUUUCAUCACGCUGAAGGGAUAUGCGGAUUACGUGGAGUGCUCGGCUCGAACGACGUUUUCCUCAACGGCCAAAUUCUCUAUAAUCUCAUCGUGCGCGCGCUGAAUGUUUCCGCCGCGAUAGAAUAUCCCAGGUACUAUUUCGCCUCCGACGGUAUAGUGAUUGAAAACAAUCAAAGACACUCGAUGGAGGCUGCGUUGCAGGCACGAUUGUACUCCAUGUUAUCGCAGUUGUCUCACGACGACAUCUCGUCCACGCGAAGCGUAAACGCAAUUGUCAAGAGGAAAGAUUCGCUAUCGAGUCACUCGGACAGUCGUGGCAACGGAAUUGCAUCCCGAUUUUAAGCCAUAUACGCCUUGUUAAAGGCAUAUACUUGUACGCAA